AUGUCCAAAGGCACCACGACGACAGCCUCGGUCAAUAAACGCAAGGCAGGUGCAUCUACGCCUCUGCUCGCCGCUUGCUCUCUCCCAUAUUCCUUACUUUCCCUGUCGUUCUCUAACUGCAACGACGACGGCUGCAUGGCCCACGCACGGCUGCCCAGUGCUCCAGAUGGCCCCCUUUCCCAUGUUGUCUCCGAUGCUAACAGGGUCCUCCUCGUCGAGAAGAAUGGCAAGCUACAUCAUCCAUUUCCGCGCACUAUUGCGCCUUACCCGCUUAGCCACGAACGCGCCGUCGCCGAUGCAGAUGCACUCGAUCUAGCGUUUCGUCUGCAUCUCUUUGACGGCAGCCCGAGUGCCAUCCCGCUCAUUCGCCUUGACGACCCGAGCACACAUCCCCGGCGUUGUCUCGACUUGGGAUGUGGGUCAGGGGAAUGGAUUAUUACUGCUGCAAAAGCUCUGGCCGCACACAAAGUCUCCCUCGUCGAUACGACUUCACUCUGGUCUAAUCAAGCAAGUCUUCAUUCUCCAACCACCCUUUUGUCGACCAACCCCAAUGUUCAUCCGACCCUUGGUGCAUCCACCCUGCGUCCACUCGCGGAUCGCAUAGAGUGGGUCCAGGCGAACUUCCUGCGCAUUCUGCCGUUUUACGCAGGAGAAUUUGACUAUAUCCGACUUUCUGGCAUUGCGCGAGGCGUACCAGAGGACAAGUGGGACAGUCUGUUAUCUGAAAUAUCGCGUGUAUUGGCGGUCAACGGACAUCUAGAGAUUGAAGAGGAAGAUGUUAUCUUUCCAAUCCUGCCCUCUUCCGAUCUGCCGACGGAGCCGUCAUCAGACCCUGCAUUCACCCGCCGUCCGUUCGAGACGCCGGGUCACGCCAAUUUGUCAAAAACGACAAUUAGCAAGCGCAGUUAUCGAACCUCGACCUCGAGCUCAUUCUGCUGUGUCGGGGACGAGGACGAGGAGGAUGGAAUGAUGGCCAUCCCAGAGGCCAGUCUUUCUCCUCACACGGCCCAGAAGAAUUCCCCAUCAUCGCCGUCUACUCGCCGUCUGUCCCUUUCAGCCAAUAGAUUCCUUGCAGCUGCGGCGCCCAACCCACCACCACCAGUUCCCAGCCUGUCGAUAAACACUAGAAUAAUGGGUAUAUCCGCUGCAAAGGAAGAUUCACCCAUUCUGCAACGUCCCCCCGUCGAUUUCCCAUUUGAACUCGCAUCCGAACCCACCGCCACAUCCAAACCGUUGGCCAGCCCUGGACACGGCUCAAUUCCACCCCGACGGAGGACAAACGAUCCAGCGAUUCCACCUGGAUGGGAAGGUCCCAUUGUGCAUAGCGCUCCCAACUCGGCAGCCACUUCUCAGUUUCCGAUCCCCUCGAAACCGGCCAGGACAUCACGACGUCCUAAAACCGCAUCAACCAUCGCGUCAACCAUCAUGUCUUCUAUGACCCCAAAGGCGUCCAAGUCGGAUGGACUAAGACGACCAUCGUCAGCGGGUGCGAACCGCAGGCAGGGCAAUGGCUCCGCUGAUGCUUCUUGGGGCUCCGUGCCGCCUUUGCCAAUAUCGUCCAGGAACCCGUCAUCCAUAUCUACACACCCAGAUUCACCUACCAAAAAGUCGUGGAAGACUGUCUUUUCGUCCAAGCCUAGACCGUCGCGAUCAACUGUUUCUCCUCCAUCAAAUAUUCCCGGCAUCCCCAUCCAGCCACUAGCUUCCCUCACCCAGCGUGCUAACGUCAGGCACGAUCAUCAAGUCUUGAAGACACUCUUCUUUAGUGUGUUUGAGAGUAGAUUCAUCAACACAUCCCCCACGGCCAUUCUGCCCUCACUCCUAAACACAUACUUUCAGGGUGUGUCCGUGACGCCCCCAAUCGACUUUCCAGUCCCACCGCUGCCUUCUGUCCUCAAAGAGGUGUGCAGGAGAGAGAAGCGGAAUAUCACCCAGCGCGAAUGGGGGAGAUGUGGUCUCGAAGUAUCCCAGACGGCCAAUUUGAGCAUUAUACGCUCACCAGGUGACUUGAGGCAUGCAGUAUCGUCGUCCAAAGGUCUUGGGCUCGAACGAGCUCUGCACACACGCGCGCUACUCCAACCCGAGACAAGUGAGGGGAAACAGUUGAAGAAAUCCCGCUCUUCUCCUGCACUCGCAUCACGCAAGAGGACUAGUAUGGACCAGCAUUACCCUCUUGCGAGGCCCUUUACUCCUCAAUCGGGGAUCAAUAAGCGAAGCGAGUCGCCCUCCUUGACUUUAUCCUCUGCCACCUCGAGCAGUGCAUCUAUCCCUACGCCUACAUCUGCUAUACACCAGAUUCCGCGUGUACAGCCUAUUCCAGAGUAUAAUGCCUCUUCACCGUUGUCGGUUCAAAGUCCCCACAGCCCAAUUCCUAGAAGCAAGGACGAGGAAGAGGACGCGAAGUUUGCGAUCAUGGGAGACGGUGGCUGUUUUCCCUUGGACUCACCGACCACACCAUCUACCCAACCGAGCACUGGCGUCGUAUUCGACUCGACUGCUUCGAUAUCUACCGUCCCCGAGACUCACAAUAAGCGGUCGAUGGAUAACGACACAAUCAGUCAUCUCUCCGGAUGGGGGAGACCAUCUGUUGACGUGUUGACUUGUGAAGAAGAGGAAGCUCUCAAUAACAAGGAUCUACGAGAAUUUGAUCACGUCGCUGCACAAGAAUUGGGCGUAUUCGAUGGCGUAUUUGGACCGGAUAUCAUCAAAGCGGCAUAUGACCCUCGCGCAUUGAGACAGGAGCGAGUGUAUGUGCGUCCCAGAGGCACAUUUGCGGGUCAUGGCAUGCCAGUUCCCCCUGCGCUCCUGGAGAUGGACGACUUAUCUAUGGGCGUGCAUCUUACACGUUGUUGGACCAAUGUAAUGGCCUGCAAGGAAGCAAUGUGGGAAGAGCUCCAGCGCCGGGCGGAGAUCAUUCACGGUCCUGAAGAGUCUAUGUAUGGAGAGAAGGCGAGAUCCAACGCACAUACUAUGCGCCGUGUCACGCUGCUGGAUCAAGUCGAGUGGGUCGGCACCGAACGGCGUUUGUCGGAUCGUGACAAGUUUGACUUGCUGUUCCUCCGCUUUGAAGACGAUAUGCGUCACUGGGCAUCUAUCGGAACCGAGCUGAGGGGCAAACUCUCCUGGAUUGACCCCAGAUUCGCACAACAUGGCCCCGUUCCGCAUCCACCACUCAGAAGCAAGCCAUCACUCUCCGUCUUCAAUCCCUCGCGUCGACCGAGUGAGGCGCCGAGUCUCCAAUCUACUCUUGUUAGUGGGAGUAGCAUCCUGACGAGCAGUUCGGCAUCGACGACUGCCGAAUCUCCCACCGUUGCCUCUAUCUCAAGCCCAAUUGCAUCGGUCCAUAGUGGGAAUGGCGCACCGCUGCCAUCCGCAGGCCAGGUGCGCUACGGAUGGGACGACGGACGUGGGCCAGGAAAGGACGGAAUUGUGGUUCCCGGCGUCGAUAUAUGCCGGACUUUACGCAUCUUUACCGCUCGCAAGGCGGCAGACACGCGUGAUCCUGGAGGCAACGCAAUGAAAAUCAUGAGCGUUCUUUGA